AUGUCUUUAAUCUAUGAGGGAGAUGUUAUCACCGAGUCGCUAGUAGAUAGUGAUGGCCUACCCGAUGCAGAGGAUACCUCUAGCCUGGACCAUAAUAACGAUCCCUUCGCCCACAACCAGGACUCAACCCGCCAACAUGAGGAUGAAGGCGACAAUGGGUGGGACGGCCACCGUUGGGCUGUGGACCACUCCUCAGGGCACCACCGGUUCCGAGCUAGACGCUUCAUCGAAAAGGUCCUCCGAAGUGAUUUCGAGCCAGCCGAUGCUAUCAAGAUGCUACAGGAGAAGCACACUAUUGACUUUGGGUCUCGCGCUGGAGGUAGCGCGCCAGCGAAGGCCACGGACGCCUUCUUCCCGCAGUUCUUCCUUGACUUCUUCAGCAUCGUCGGCAAGCCACGCAGCCCCAUCACGAAAAGCGACGGGCCCGUCUUCGACAACAUCGAGUUCUCUCUUGAGUCAUACGCAGCGCCCUAUAGCGCAAAGCAUAUCGGCGGCAUCCCGUUCGAUAUCACCGGGCGCACGUUCAGGGUCGCCAAGGCUGGUACCCGAGAGGUCUGGUUCGUCGUCAUGCACCCCGUGGCGCACGAGCCGACCUCCAGGGGCGGGGGCCCGCGCGAGAGACAGACGGCCUCAGAGAAGAGCGGGAUGCCGGCUGGGUUAGCCCGCGAGCUGGCUGCAUAUAUCGUGGGCGUCUUCCAGUCGCCGCAGCUGCUUGGCGAGGGGGUUGAGGCCUGCUGGCGGUUGGGGACAAAGAGCACUCAGCGUAUAAGCUCAGCUAAGUGGCAGGUCUUCCAGCAGCAGUUCAUGGACGGUUGGGCUGUCUGGGCCAGCAACCACAACCACAAUUCAUUCUGGCGACGCCACGAGCCGGCGUUCCACGCGUAUGACUACGGCGCGAAUAUCGAGAUUCAGGUCAGCGAUAGCAUCUACGACCUGCCGCGCGAGAGGCAUAUACCCUAUGAGGAGGAGGAGGAGGAGGAGGAGGAGGAGGGCGGGGAGCAGGGCCCUAGAGAUGGAAAUGUUCAGCAGGACAUUGAAGAGCUCUCUCUUAACGAUGAACAAAGAACACACAGCGAUGCAGUGGACGGCCGGGAGUACCAGCAGAUGCUCAGGGAGAGCAGGGACCUGCAGAGGAUGAUUAUAGAGCUCGACGCCCGCUUUGAUCUCAGCAGUAUCAGUGCUAUAUCGUACGCCCUUGCAGUCUGUAUCAACAGCGAGUCGGGUAGCUCGCAGACGCGCUGCCUCCUCGCCGACCGGAACAUGGUGGCGCGAGAGUACCCUGGUAACCGCGACUACACCUUCUACCCGCAGGCCUUCCACCCAACGUAUGGAAACUUCUCAUCCAGCCAGCCGCCCGCCUUCCUCAACUCGCUCUACACCGCUAUACAGGGGAAUAUGAGCGACCGCAAUGAGGGCGCAGACGUGCUGUCGUUCGGCUACUUCCAGGGCUACUCCAACAUCAAGAGAAGCGUGCGCCACAGCGCCAGCGCCCUCCUCGCAACGAAGGGGUACGCGACAGCAGCGCUAACAGCCCCAACGUCACACACAUCCGCCAUGUCGUACACAAGAGACAGGCGGGAGAGGCUGCUACGUUGUAUCCGUGGCGACCUCACGCCUGAGCAGCCUGAGGAGUCUAAGCCAUUUGCGCGAGAGCGUAGGCAGCUGGACAUCGCUAUCGAGAAGGAUGAGGUAGCAUACCGGAUGGAGCAGGUUGUAUCACUCAAUAUACGACAUAUGGACAGCGUUGAGCGCACAUUCGAGAACGUUAUUCGCCCUAUUUUCCAACUCAUGCGCUUCUUCCUCACAGAGCAUGAGUCGUAUGUCCACAUCUUUCGGUCUAUACCAGUCGGAAUCUUCCCCCGUAUCAUGUCAGCCUACUGCCGCCUGUUUGAGCUUGCUAUCUGUGAGAUGGAACGGCGUUACGUUGCUGGCGGCGAGCGCGGCCUAGACCUCGCACACUCUGAGGCUGUUGCAGUACUUGACCGGCUUGGUGGGUAUAUCUUCACCGGGCAUGAGCGCCACCUGCCGAAGACGGUGCUCCGGCCGCUAGGCACCAUCGACAGCCUUCUGGCUGGGGCGUGGCCCUAUAUCGACCCAGCCGUACUAGACCUCGCUCCAGCCGGGGCAGCGACCUGCUUUAUGGACACCAGCCGGUGGCCCCGCUCCGCGAAGACGGGAAGGCUUAUACUGCUCCAUAUUAGCGAGCUACAGCACCACUACGGCGACCGCCUUGCCUCCCACCGGGAGACCGAGAUCUGGUUCAGCCAGCUAGGCCGGGACGCAUUCAAGAGCCAUGCAGCUGUGACGGAAUAUGUGACGGAACUCAUGCGGGAGAUGUGGAUCCCCCAGACGAAGCUCUUCAUAGCUAACCAACUACGGCGCAGGCUGCAAGAAGGUAGUAGCGACACUGGUAGUAUGCCUAUUACCUUAGAGCAGAAAGAGGCGUGUAAGUCUGCUGUUGAGGCGUGGGAAGCGGCGCCAGACGCCUUCACCCAUGUGGCGCUACAGCGGCUAAUUGACGGUCUCACCUCAGGCGGCUCGCGCAUAAAAAUAACCUUGUCGAGGACGCGCACCAGGCACGACUUUGCUACUCAGCUUCUCCGCGUUGUCUCUACUGAGAAGGGGCGGGCAGCAUCCGCGCCAGUCAACGCGACAUGGCCGGACCAUCUACAGGCGGCCAUAACUAGCGGCAACCAGGCCAGCAACGGACUCAAGCCCGACGAGUGGGUCUCCGUGAUAGCCAGCCGACUCCUCGCGGCCGGUGUUGAGUGGGUGCCUGACGCCGUCAAGGGCCGCUUAACGUCAACAACCGUCGUCAGCCUGUGCGGUCGAGAGGUCGCGCACGUAGUAGUAACCGGCCCGCCAGGCUCCCUGAGGCGCGCGGCGCAGGAAGCUCAAAUCAAGCACGAGAAAGCUGCGCACGACCGGGCGCUCAGGCAGACGCGCAGAACCAUCAACUUCGGCUGCAGCUUCCCCUUCACCGACGUCCCCAGCCUUAUUACGGACGGUUUUCUCAAGGCUAAGGCGAUCUUCUCUAACAAGGGCGAUAUACAGGUUCUGGACCACUACCAGCUAGCGAUAAACGUCCUCUACAGCAACAUCGAGGACCCCCUCUGUUGCCUGAUGCUGAUGAUCACAUUGACCGUUUGCUCCUCAUCGGAAACGCCAGAGGUCGCGCCUGGGUCGCGCAAAUUCGGGACCGCAGCCAAGAGAAAGGACCCGGCCCAGCUGGCCCUCGUUAUGGUCACGAGGAUGAUGUGGUUCCUCUACCCCGCCUCGUUCCCCUGGAAGAAGGGUUCAAGUGGGACGGCCUAUGAUGUAGCCGAGAUGACGAAGAAGAUUGAGCAUAAGGGGUGCAGCAACAGGAUGUUGCGUGAGCUGGGUUGGGUCACCUCAAAAAGCAACCGCGACAGCCCCCGAAACACAGACCUGCAGCUGCGGCCUCAAGAGGACCUCCUCCAGACACUCCGAGAGCUACGGUCGGCCAUGAAACGACCAGACGACUUUAUCAGCGUGGUCUUCAACAGCCAGGACAGCAUCUGGACGGAGCGUUGCGCGAGCAUCAUCAAGGAUCGAUAA